GGGCUUCCGCAGGACCUUACAGCUGACUGUUGUUCCAAUUUUACUGCUUAUCGCUGACAUAUUUCUCACUGAUAAGCCUGAACUCGUGCCUUUGCGCCUCAUGUUGGAGCACAUCCACAAGGACCAGUUGAGGAUUGUAUAUAUAAUGCGCUCCCUUUGCCAACGGCAGCGUAGCUUCAAGUUCAAGUCUGCCUUCUGGUUUGAAGAUGACGACUGUAGAUCCUCAGGACCAGGACCGAGUGGCCUACGUGCAGUCCGUAUCCUCUCACUCGGACAAAGAGAAGAGUGCUAUUACCACCGACAUUGUCUCCGUGUCUGGUGACUCCGAAGGGAAGUUAGAGCCGCACGUGCAAUUCAUUAACACAGAUGACCCAUUUCCGGAGUCUCCGGAUGCGCCGGUUGAGGAACAACAGCUAACUAUUCGAGCCGUCCUAGUUGGCUGCAUUUUGGGAGGCAUCAUCGCAGCCAGCAACAUCUACCUGGGUCUUAAAACGGGGUGGACAUUUGGCGCGUCGCUCUUCGGCUCAAUCAUCGGCUUCGCGAUCUUGAAACCACUGUCAAGAUCUGCACCAACUUUCCUUGGCGGGGGUUAUUUCGGACCUAAAGAAAACAAUGUCUGUCAAUCAGCUGCUACGUCAGCAGGAAGCCUCGGACUGCUGUUUACCUCGGGAUUUCCUGCCGCGUACCAGCUUGGACUAUUGAGUGUGCAUCCCAAAGACGACAUCGGCAGACUAAUCACUUUCACCAUUUGCUGCGCCUUCUUUGGUUUGAGCUUUACUCAACCGCUGAGGAAAUUCUACAUUUUGAAGUUAAAGCUCGUAUUUCCCUCCGGCGUGGCUGCUGCGUACACUAUCCAGUCUUUGCAUGUCGGCAAGAAUGCAGAAGUGACAGCAAGGAAGAAAACCAAGACGCUGCUAUAUGCCUUCAUCUUUGCCAUUACUUUGCGCGUGGUCAGCGAGUAUGCUCCGGGAUUGCUUUGGGAUUGGCACGUUUUCUACGCUCUGAAUAGAGUCGGGUGGAGUUCAGCGAUCGCUGCUGAGAGCUGGGGAUGGAUUUGGGAGUGGACCCCCGCGUUCAUUGGUGUAGGGAUGCUCACAGGUAUCAAUGCAUCGUAUAGCUUCCUCGGUGGAAGUUUCCUUGCUUGGGCUGUGUUGGGUCCUAUAAUUGUCGCAAAGGGAUUAGCUUUCGGGACCAUUGCAAACCCAUCUAUACCUGGAUACAUGAAUUAUAUGGGAAUGAGUCUUACAGAUCCCAUCCACCAUCCAUCUCCUAGAUACUGGCUGAUCUGGCCGGGCACACUGAUGCUCCUCUGUGCAAGUUUCACGGAAGUAGCAUGUAAUUGGAGGUCCUUGUACGCCGCGAUACGCUCCGCUUGCGGCAUGCUCCUGCAACGGUUUUCAAAAGACGGUGUAGUGGAUGAUAUCGUGGAUCCUGUACCUGAGCACGAACGCGUCCCCUUCUGGGCUUGGGGUUCUGUGCUUGUUAUCAGCACGAUCGUUACGUGUGUCGUGAUGGGUGUUCAGUUCGGACAGAACGUUGGUGUCACUCUCCUCGCGAUUGUAUUCUCUUUCCUAUUCAGCUUCAUUGGCUGCGAAAGCUCCGGUCGGACGAACAUCAAUCCCGUCACAUCAAUCGGUAAUGCCUCGCAGCUCAUCUUUGGAGGUCUAGGAAAGGGUCAGAACUACGCCAUCAAACGAGGCGAACUCCUAAACCUGCUUUCUGGAAUGUUGACACUAGGUGCUGCGGAACAAGCUGGGGACAUGAUUGGCGACCUCAAGACCACACACCUCCUCCGUGCGUCCCCAUGGGCUGUAUUCGUUGCUCAGCUCUGCGGAGCCGUGGUAUCGAUUUUCAUGGCAUCGGGUCUCUACGUCGUGUUUUCCACUGCUUACCCGUGUAUCAACGACUUAAGCUACACAACAUGCGCGUUCCCCACGCCUGAUGUACAGUCAUGGCGUGCAGUGGCUGUUGCUGUAUCGUCGAGCACAUUGCCCAUUCCAUCGUCUUCUGGAUAUGCCGCCAUCGCACUUGGAUUAACAGCCGUCCUCUCUGUCGUGGCGAAGUAUACAGUGGUGCCUCCGAAGUAUCACGACUUCAUACCCAACUUCAACGCUAUUGGAAUCGGGUUCAUAAUGAACGUCUGCACAUACCCUCUGGCAAUGUUUUCCGGCUCGACUCUGGCAUUUUUCUGGAGAAGACUGUUCUUUAACAACUACCAGAUGUAUUGUUUUGCUGUUGCAGCGGGUUUUAUUGCAGGCGAAGGUCUUGGUGGUAUUGUGAAUGCGAUUUUCACAAUUUCGGGCAUCUCUGGUGCAACAUAUGGGACAUCUGUCGGGUGUCCUAGCGGGGUUUAUUGCGGAUAGAGGUUACGUAGUUGACGCAGGACAUGAUGUUGUCUAUGCCAGUUACUCAUGCCAAUUUGAGCACGUCUAUAAGAUAA